AAAAAGAGCUUAGCCAAAUUUUGGAAUUACAAUAUUAAGCUAAAUAUACUUGGGUUGAUUUACAUAACACGUAAAACUCUAUUUGAUUGGUCGUCCGUAGGCGCAAUUGUGUUCGUUUCUUGUCGGAGAGAUUGGAGAUAGAAUAACGUUUAGUCCAAGACUACUUCAAUAUCAACUGCUAGCUCACAGAUACAGAGUUUUCCUCUAUCCAAGGAACCUUUUCCACCGUUUCUCUUUCAUCUCCCUUUGACAUUUUUGGUUAAGAAGAUUAUCUAUCUAUGUUAUUGUUGAUAUAAUAUGAUGACUGAAAGUCAUAGUAAUGCAAGUGCAAGCUCACCCUCAAGUUUGAAUAGCAGCCUCCCAGAUACAGAGGAUGACCAAACCAUUGCAAGCAUCUUAGCCGAAGAGGAAAACUCAAAUGUUGCUGGAAAGCUUGGGAAGAGACUUUCUCAUUUGGAUUCCAUACCACUGACUCCCCGAAUCAAUGGUGAGAUACCUGAUGUGAACGAAGCAACCUUAGACCACGAGCGGCUAUCUGAAAGGUUAACAACAUAUGGUUUAGCAGAACUGCAAAUGGAGGGUGAUGGGAAUUGCCAGUUCCGAGCAUUAGCAGAUCAGCUGUUUCGCAAUCCAGAUUACCACAAACAUGUGCGGAAGCAAGUAGUCAAGCAGCUAAAACAUUUCAAAAAGUUAUAUGAAGGUUAUGUGCCGAUGAAGUACAGAAGCUACUUGAAGAAAAUGAAAAAACCAGGGGAAUGGGGGGAUCAUGUUACUUUACAAGCAGCUGCAGAUCGAUUUGAAGCCAAAAUCUGUUUGGUCACAUCUUUCCGGGACACUUGCUAUAUUGAGAUCACUCCCAAGGACAAGAAUCCUACCAGAGCGGGCUCUGGCGCCUGGCGACGUCUCCCUUGCCUGGCUUCUGGCGCCUCUCUCUCUGAGGCUCGCGCCUUUAGCAACACUGAUCAUUGCAGGUGUGGCUGAGCUUUUGGAGUGAAGUUCAUUAUAAUUCUUUGUAUGCAAGUGGAGAUGUGCCAACCAGAGUAUCAAGAAGAAAGCAUUGGCUUUUCUAGAUAUUUGGCAGGUCCUCAUGUUGCAUUGUAUAUCUAUUUUCUAUUUUUGUAUAUCAUACUAACAGAGCUGAUUGGCGAAAAUGAUUCAUAUAACCGACCCCAACUGGUUUUGUGUGCAAGGCUUUGUUAUUGUUGUAUGUUUAUCAUCUUCAAAUAUAUUAAAUUAUUAAUUAUAAUUAGCAACCA